AUGUCGGGGGUUGAAGAGCAGAGAGAUGAUGGCGAGGGAUGCAAGUCGUGGUCGGUCAGGGUCAAGGUUCAGUCAAGACUGCGGUGGUCUGGGGGUGAUGCUCGGGUCGCCAGGUCGGGUCAGGCCAGGCCAGAUCACGUCGGGGCACUCAGUGCAGGUCAAGGGCAACAGGGGGAGGAUGACUGGGACUGGGAACUGUCUGACAGUCGAAAUCGAGGUGGGAAUUCGACUCUUGACACACGAAGGACGCUAUUUGCCAAUAAUAGCCAUGUUAUGGCUUCUGACCCAACGAAUCAAGCAAAUCAGGCUCCCCCUGGCGUGGAGUUUUUGCGCUUUGUGGGUGGAGAUGUCGAGGCGUCGGGCUGUCUUGUCUCGAGUAUCACAAGCUGCCAUCCAGCCCAGCAACUCAUCCCUCAAAUCGAAACAAAAACGGAAAAGAGGAAAGGAUCUGAAGGAGAUGCUCAUGCACCCCAUCCUGGUCUUCCCUCCCGGCAGGAAUCACGGCAGGAAGCGAUAUUGCACCGACGUUCAACAGCGGCGUUCUGGGCUAAAUCAGCCAGCUGGAUCGAUUCAUCCCCGAUGCCACCUCAGAUAGGAUCGAAGCUGGACGUAAUAAAAGACAAAGCACUUCCCUCUGCGACGCUCGAGUCAACGCAUCACAGCAUAUCUGUAUAA